AUGCCUGACGAUAUUACUGAAUAUUUUGCCCACACUGGGAUUACUCACACACAAUCACAAACAGAUUAUCAAUAUCUUAAUAGUAGUCGGAACUCCCUACGGAAUGAGGAUGAAGAUGAGAUUGAAAAUAAAAAUGAAAAGGCAUUUCAUGCCUCAGGCAGUAAAAUGUCAACUAGAAUGGUAGAAGAAUCUACUUUUGAAGAAGCUAUCCAGGUUCAUGGUGAUAGUAGUAGUGAUGAGGAAAGUGGUAGUGAUAAAGGUAAUAAAUUUAGCCGUUAUGACGAUGAUGAAGAUCUGAAGAAAUAUUCUAAAUGGAGAAGAUUUUAUUUAAAAUAUGUUGUCCUGGACAGAAAUUUCGCAGAUAUAUCAAUUCUAGAUUCAUUCAUGUAUAAUUCAGAUCUGAAACCAGUAGAAGAAGAGAGAAGAGUAUGGUCAUGGUAUAAUUUUGCAUAUUUUUGGUUAGCUGAAUGUUUCAAUAUUAACACUUGGCAAAUUGCUGCCACUGGUUUACAAUUAGGUUUAAAUUGGUGGCAAUGUUGGAUCACUAUCUGGAUUGGUUAUACUUUUGUCGGUAUAUUCGUUGUGCUUUCUUCAAGAGUAGGUGCUGCCUACCAUCUUUCCUUCCCAAUUUCUUCUAGAGCUUCAUUUGGUAUCUUUUUCUCUUUGUGGCCUAUUAUUAAUAGAAUUGUUAUGGCCAUUGUGUGGUAUUCUGUUCAAUCAUGGUUAGGUUCCGAACCUGUUUCAUUAAUGUUAAGAUCUAUAUUUGGUAAAGAUUUACCAGAUAGAAUCCCAGAUAAUUUUGGUUCUGAAAAUGCAACCACUUAUACAUUCAUGUGUUUUUUCAUCUUUUGGGUUGUAGAAUUUCCAUUCCUAUUAAUUCAACCUCAUAAAGUUAGACAUUUAUUUACUGUAAAAGCUAUUUUGGUUCCAUUUGCAUCUUUCGGUUUCUUAAUUUGGUCUGUUAGAAAGGCUCAUGGUAAGAUUUCUCUAGGUAGUUUAACAGACUUUCAUCCAACUGGUAGUGCUUUUUCAUGGGCUUUUUUAAGAAGUGUUAUGGGUUGUAUGGCUAACUUUUCUACUAUGGUUAUUAACUCACCUGAUUUUGCAAGAUUCUCGAAAACAAAACAUUCUGCAUUAUGGUCUCAAUUAUUUUGUAUCCCAUUCAUGUUUUCAAUUACCUGUCUGAUUGGUAUCUUAGUUACAGCUGCUGGUUAUGAAAUGUAUGGUGUCAAUUACUGGUCUCCCGUUCAAGUCUUAGAACAAUUUUUGAUUAGGUCCUACACUAAGGGUACUAGAGCAGGUGUGUUCUUAAUUUCGUUCGUUUUCGCUAUUGCACAAUUAGGUACUAACAUUUCUGCUAAUUCAUUAUCAUGUGGUACUGAUAUGACAGCUAUUUUACCAAAAUAUAUUAACAUUAGACGUGGUUCAAUCUUCUGUGCAUGUUUGGCAUUGUGUAUAUGCCCAUGGAAUUUGAUGGCCACUUCAAGUAAGUUUACAAUGGCUCUUUCUGCGUAUGCUAUUUUCUUAUCCAGUAUUGCUGGUGUUGUCUGUGGUGAUUACUUUGUUGUUAGAAGAGGUUAUAUCAAGUUGACCCAUAUCUAUUCCAAUAGAAAGGGAUCUUUCUACAUGUACGGUAAUAAAUAUGGUAUUAAUUGGAGAGCAUUAGUUGGUUAUCUAUGUGGUGUCGCACCAAAUUUACCUGGUUUCAUUGGUGAUGUUGGUGCUCCAAAGAUCACAGUUUCUAUUGGUGCUAUGAGAAUUUACUACUUGAGUUACUGGGUCGGUUAUUUCAUAAGUUUCAGUGUCUACAUUGGUUUAUGUUAUUUCUUUCCGGUGCCAGGCCAACCAGUCAAGAACAUCUUUAGGGAUAAGGGUUGGUUCCAAAGAUGGACUAAUGUUGAAAACUUUGAACAGGAAUGGAGGGAAUCUCUAGAGAAGAAAGAUUUACUCGACGAUGAAGUAGACGUUUACGAGUACUCUAGAGGCAAACCCAUAUUUUGA